ACGCGAUUCAGCUGAAUGGCGUCAAAUGAUGGUGACUUCUACUUCUUCAUCUUCCAGGCCUAGGCGUUUGGGUGUCGUCGUUGCGCUCUUGAUCUUCAUUUCCGGAUCGGUGAGUGGCUGGACCAUGUCGGCGUUGCGCAAGGGUCGUUUAAAUCGUCCGACUGCUGUGAGUCGUGGAUUUGAUGAAAAGUACGGUACGGUGAACAAUUCAACUAUACCGACGGGUGACGAAGUGGCAUCCCUUUUUGGAGUUCAAAGAUUUACCCGAGUACCGAAUCUGGUGUGGAAGUUUGUCUGGCGCACACAUGGACGUCUCCUACCCCUCCUGCACCUGCGCGACCGGGCCAAACCUAAAGACGCCGACCAGUCUCUCAAGGUGAUGUGGAACAAGGCAAUUGCUGCACUAGAUGUGAACUCUCCUACAUUUGACGCUGGAUGGACAUAUGAUUUUCUGCCAUCUUCCACAAGAUGGAUCUUGAAGUAUAUUCCGACGAGACUCUUUCCUCGCCUUCACCACGCGAAUAUUGAAAUCCGGACUGCCUAUCUCAACCAAGCUAUUCAACAAGAAAUUGGACAUCUGUCGACCAAUACGAAGGUGCGCAUAAUCGCCUUGGGUUCUGGUUACGAUUCGCGGUACACACGUCUCUUGACAACGGACGUCGUUCAAGACGCCUGGGAACUCGACAUUGCGUCCGUCUUGGCCUCCAAAAAGCGCAUGGUGGAACGACUACAAGAGAGAAGAGCCAACGUGAAGGUGCCACACAGUCGCGCUAUAGAUUUGAAUGAUGUGGCCAGUGUGAAAGCCACGCUGCAGGAAAUUCUCAACACUCAAAAAACGGAUGACGAAUCAUGGCAUACGAUAUUUGUCUCGGAAGCGGUUUUCAUUUACCUGGAUGAAGGCAUCCCGAUUGAACUUAUGAAAACCUGUCGCAAUGUCUACGCGCCUGAUUCUUCUUUCUGCUUCGCGGAUUUGCUUCGAGAUAUACCCAGCGGCGACCGUGACUUGGCCGAACGUGAAGUUGCAAAGGCUGGGUGGAAAUUGGUCGACUGGCAACCCAAGCCUGGGCUGGCUAGGCAUAUGGGAGUUUGCCGAUAGUGGUAGUCUUAGUCAGCCAGGGAUGCAGGGAAACUCUAUGUGCAGGAUGAUACUAAUAAUAAUGCUAAGGCACCAACCAGAACUGACUG